UGAUGGCCGAAUAGGAGCUUUUUUUAACGUUCAGUAAUUCUAGAAUACGAUAGUAAAUCCCGAGGUCGGAUUAACGUGACUCACCCCUACAAGCACUGAUCGCUCCCACAGUUUCUAAACUCCACUUCCUCUGGUUUGGUUUGAAUCAAUUCUUGAGUUAAUCCCCCUAAGUUCGAACUGAGUUGCCCAAAGUCGGUUUCAGGGGCAAAUCAAGCGCGGAUUUCAUGCCAUUGUGGAUAUAACUGCUCCCUCACCCUGCCUCGAAUAUGGUCCAAUUUUAUCCGUCUCUAACGCCUGAGUUAACCGAGUGGCUUCUUUCCCAGCCGCUUUUCUACAUUGCAUCUGCACCUCUUACAGGUGAUCAUGUGAAUCUCUCCCCUAAGGGGUAUCCGCGGUCCACACUUGCGGUUCUCUCGCCGAAUCGUGUCGUGUAUUUGGACAAAACAGGUUCAGGAAUCGAAACCAUCUCCCAUAUAUAUGAAAAUGGGCGUGCCACGAUCAUGGCUUGUAGCUUCGGCAAGUCGCCACGCAUCAUGCGGCUCUUCUGCCGCGGUCGAGUGAUAGAGCGUGGAAGCCCUGGCCCUGAUGGCUUUGACUCGUGGUUUACGAAAGCUGUCAAAUCCGGGAUGCAGGUUGACCCAGAUGUCCCUAUCGGAGUCAGCUUGACCGGCGUUCGAGCGCUCAUUAUACUUGAUGUCUUCAAGGCACAGACGAGCUGCGGUUUUGCGGUACCGGUGCUUAGUAGCGUCGCAGCUGAGAAGCCCAAGCCGGGAAACGCACAGUAUUUGGAUGGAAAUAUGAUAGCGCGGGAGACUCUUCAACUGUGGAACUUCAAGACUGAGGAAAAUGCCUUGGCCAAGGGCAUAGAACCCUGGGGUCGGAGGAACGAAGAGAGCUUGGACGGAUUGCCAGGCCUCAAACGGUAUGUACCUCUACUGCAGAGGACGCUCAUUGUCAGUAGGUCAUCCACUACGCGGCUCGCACACCAAUGGCGGGCUAUCGCUCUGGGAGUCCUCCUUACACUGAGCCUUUUGUUUGGGCUACGGAGCCUCGGACUCAUCAAUGUAGCCCUCAAUUCUUAGUACGGCGAUGCAGAUCUGAGCCGAGUGACUAGUGUUAGGGUUGAUACAUUGAUAAACGCCGACUUUGAAUAGCUUAUAAAUGAUGAAUUCACAUAAUUUCUGGAUGAGUUUACGAUGGAAUGCAGUCUUCGUCCGCCACGAGCUCACCAUUUAGAUUUCCAAGAUUCUC